CUGUCAAAAUAAACAACACGUGCGGAUCGAGAGAAGAAUACUAGAGUUUUCAGUGGAAUUACUAGUGAAAAACAAGUGAAAAAUGGGUAAAAACACCAAGAACAAGAAGAAGAUGAAGGGUGCUGAGAAGACAAAUCUCAAGACUGAGAAGAAAAUGUUGAUGAAACAGAAGAAAAUGCUGGCAAAAAUUGGCGAAGCUGACAUUGAGGAGCUCCUGGCCAAGUACAAAGUCGAUCCCACGAAGAAAGACACUCCCGCGGUGGAGGUUGACUGUCCAGCGCCAUCGCCGCGGGUGAACUUCUCAGUCAUCACGCAUCCGACCAAGGAUCAGCUCAUUUUCUACGGCGGAGAGUUCUACGAUGGCCAGAAGGCGGAGGUCUUCGACGAUCUGUUCUUCUACACCAUCGCCAAGGACAGCUGGAGUGUGUUGCGGUGCGGAGAGAAGCCACUGCCGCGAUGUGGGCAUCAAAUGGUGGCCACGGCGACGGAUGGCGGGCAGUUGUGGCUGUUCGGUGGCGAGUAUUCGAGUCCGUCGCAGCUGCAAUUCCAUCACUACAGCGAUCUGUGGGUUUUCCGUCUCAAGUCCCGCCACUGGGAGCGCAUCACAGCCUCCGGAGGACCAUCGGCGCGCAGUGGUCACCGGAUGAUUCUGCUGAAGAAGCGCUUGUUCGUCUUCGGCGGCUUUCACGACAACAAUCAGUCGUACAAGUACUUCAACGACGUGCACUUCUUCUCGCUGGAGGACUACAAGUGGAGUCGCGUUGAGGUGGCCGGCGUGGCGCCUCCUCCGCCGCGAUCCGGCUGCUGCAUGGCCGCCACUGCGAGCGGAACAAUCCUCGUCUGGGGCGGCUACAGCAAGGCCAGUGUGAAGAAGGACGCCGACAGAGGAACCACGCACUGGGAUUCGCACUCUCUGGUGCCCGACAAGCACGAUCCGAAGGGUCUGAGCUGGAAGUGGGUGAGCAUCAAGAUGGGAGGAAUGCGUCCGCCGCCACGCAGCGGCGUGAGCUUCGUCGUAGCGCCAAAUGGGCGGCUGUACACAUUCGGCGGCGUGAUGGACACCGAAGAGGAUGAGGAGAGCAUCAAGAGUCAAUUCACCAGUGAAUUGCACUCUUUCGAUCCGGAGAAUCGCGUGUGGCGGAGAAUUGACGUGACUUCUGGGAAGUCCGACAAGGAGAUGCAGGACAAAGUGGUGACCACUGUUGGUGCCUUCACUGUGACCAGCUCAAGCAGUUCCCAGGCGCUUGAAGAGCCCGAAUCCGGACCGAGUCCUCGAAGUCACUGCGGAAUGGCCGUUUGCAAGGGAACUCUCUUCCUCUUCGGCGGGACUUUUGAGGAGGCCAAUCGUGAUGUCACUCUCGGUGAUUUCUACUCGCUGGAUCUGCAGAAACCCACGGCCUGGAGGACAAUCAUUGAGAACAAGUCCAAUCAGAUGGAGUGGGCAGGAUCGGAGAGUGACAGUAACUCGGAGAAUGAAUCUUCGGGGGAUCAAGAAUCCUCUGAUGAGUCAGAUGAAGACAGUGAUUCCGAUAUGGAUGUAAAUUAAUGGAAAAAUACAGCAUUUCUAA